AUAGAAUCGAACGGUAGGAAAACAUUUGAAAAUAAAAUUGCCCCCUUCGAAACAUUUUAGGUUCUUCAGUGUCUACCAACAAACACCAUCGCGACUUCUUUUCUUCUUCUUCUUCCUCUUCCUUUAUUAUAGAAGAAGAUGGCAAAGGGUUGCAAUAACUAUGAGGAGGCUAGAAAACUAAGACUUGAAGAAAACAAGAAGAGGUUUGAGGAUUUAGGGAUUUCAAAGAUUUCAAAAAAGUUGACUAAAAUCAAAAGUCCUGCAAAGAAGUCCCCGAGUCGUUUUCUCAAACCAAAUUCAAAGACUAACGGUGUAGUGGAACCUAGGCGAUCUUCUCGUGCAAGAAACUCAGUUUCUUCGUACCGUGAAGAGUUUAGCAUGGACCUUCCACAUAGGAGUUCAUAUAUACGGAAGAGGUCAAGGUCGAGUUCAUCAUCAUGGGAAAGUUACAUUGCAAGGCCACUAGAAGAAAUCAAAGAAGCUACAAGAGAAGAAAGAAUACGUGCUUUGGAGGCUGCAGAGAAACUCCAAAACAAUUUGCAGUCUUCGAAUCCAUCAUUUGUCAAAUCAAUGGUCCGGUCUCAUGUUUAUAGCUGUUUUUGGUUGGGUCUUCCUAGUAGAUUUUGUGAGGAACAUCUUCCAAAAACGGUGUAUAACAUGGUUUUAGAGGAUGAAGAUGGCUCGGAAACUGAUGCUGUUUACAUUGGCAAUAGAAGUGGGCUCAGUGGUGGCUGGAGAGGAUUUGCAUUGCAUCAUAAGUUGGAUGAUGGUGAUGCACUUGUUUUUGAAUUGGUUGAACCAGCAAGAUUUAAGAUUUAUAUUGUUAGAGCAUUUCCAAAAUCAGAUGAAGAAGAAGAAAAUGAUACAUUGGUGGAGGAAGAAAAUGUGCAUAAAUCCAAAGCAACAAAAGAAUCUAAGGGCUCCGGUAAUCGCCAAUCAGAAUCAAAGAAGACCAAAAGGCAAAAACAGGCCAUUGUAUGUGAAACUAAGGAAUCCGAGAGUUCUAAAGAAAGUAUGCCAGAAAGUAGCAUCAACAAAGAUUCCAAACUGAAGAGGGUAAAUCCGAAAAGAAGAACUAAAUCUUUUCAGAAAAACGUGCAAAAGAAAUCUAAACUACCUACCACUCCUGACUCCGAGUCCAAAGAGGAAGCAAAAGUUGAAACACUGAAACUAGAGACAACUAUAAGGAAAACUAGGUCUUCUCAGAAGAAAAUGCAAAAGAUAUCUGAAGUACCUACAACUCCAGACUCUGAGCCAAAAGAGGAAGCAAAAAUUGAAUCACUGAAACCAAAGGCAGCUAUAGCGAAAACUAGAUCUUCACAGAGAAAAAUGGAAAAGAUGUCUGAAGUACCUACAACUCCGGACUCCCAGCCAAAAGAGGAAGCAAAAAUUGAAUCACUGAAACCAAAGGCAGCUAUAGCGAAAACUAGAUCUUCACAGAGAAAAAGGCAAAAGAUAUCUGAAGUACCUACAACUCCGGACAACGAGCCAAAAGAGGAAGCAAAAAUUGAAUCACUGAAACCAAAGGCAGCUAUAGCGAAAACUAGAUCUUCACAGAGAAAAAUGCAAAAGAUAUCUGAAGUACCUACAACUUCGGACUCCAAGCCAAAAGAGGAAGCAAAAAUUGAAACUCUGAAACCAAAGGCAGCUAUAGCGAAAACUAGAUCUUCACAGAGAAAAAGGCAAAAGAUAUCUGAAGUACCUACAACUCCGGACAACGAGCCAAAAGAGGAAGCAAAAAUUGAAUCACUGAAACCAAAGGCAGCUAUAGCGAAAACUAGAUCUUCACAGAGAAAAAGGCAAAAGAUAUCUGAAGUACCUACAACUCCGGACAACGAGCCAAAAGAGGAAGCAAAAAUUGAAACACCGAAACCGAAUGCAGCUAUAGCGAAAACUAGAUCUUCACAAAGAAAAAUGCAAAAGACAUCUGAAGUACCUACUACUUCAAAAGGUGAAGCACUAGUUGAAACUAUGAAACCAAAGGCAGCUACAAAGUUGUCAAAGAAGAAAAAGAAGUCAGAAGAAGGUAAUGCAUGUGAAAUUGGCGACUCGGGCAAUACCAAGCAACUUUUGGAAGAUAAUGUUGUUAAAAUAAUUGAAGUUAACCCGAGUGAGAAGAAAGAAGUUAUUGAGGAUGCUGAUAUUGAAUUGAAGAAAGUCGAGCGAGAUGAAAAAGCGAGCAAAUGUGAUUCGCAAAAACCUCGAAAAAAACCAACUCAGAGGUUUUUCAGAAAGAGAGCAUAGUCAUGAAAGUCAUUUGUGAUUGAAAAGUUGUAUGAAAUGUUGUAGAAAGAAGCCAAUCUUUUAUGUUUUAGAUUUAAGGACUAUUGCACUUUCAUGUGUUGGUGGACUGGAUGUGUUAGUUGUAGAACAUAAGUAUUGUUUAAGCUUCUAAGUGCUCUUUGAUUUUUAUCAAUGUAUGUUUGAGUGCUGGAAUGGAUUUGAAUUUCAUGCAAUAAAUGUAUUUGUUGAUUUUGACUGUCCAA